AGUUACUUAUAACUACAACUACUGAUUUUAUAGACCCAUUCAUUAUUCAACAAGAUGAGUGAUACUGCUGCUGUUCCUGCUUGCCAUAUGAAGAAAGAAGCUGCUCCAAAGCCUAAACCAUGUUGUGUAUGUCUUGAUGAAAAGAAGACAAGAGAUGAGUGUCUCUUAUUCAAUGGUCAAGAAAGUGGUAAAUGUAACGAAAUGAUUCUGCAAUACAAAUCAUGUAUGAAGGGAUAUGGAUUUGAAACCCAUUAAAAACAAAAGAAAACAAAGAAAACCAUUAACAAAAGAAAACAAAUUCUGUACAUAGACAUAUAUUCUAAUUAAGUUAAGUAUAUAUCAUAAAAGAAAUAAAUUAUAUUAUAUUAUUAUUAUUCUAUUAAAU